CUCUCCGCUGGUACCUUCCUGCCUCCAUCCUCCCGUCUCCUCCGCGGAGCCGCAUCAGCAGCAGCAGCAGCAUCAUCCGCGGCUCCCGCCCCCUCCUCCCUCCCCGCAGAGGACACCGGGUGCUGGAAGGACGCAGGCCCUGCGAAGGGAGAGGUCCUGGCCGGCGUACGGACCCCGAAGAGGCCCCUGGUCGGGUCCGCCGCUGCAUGGAGUCGGGCGGCGUUCAGACAGCAAUGGCUAUGGGUCUGACAUCGAAGAAGGCGUCUGCUCGGAGCGUGGCGGUGGAGCGGAAGAACCUCAUCACGGUCUGCAGAUUUUCUGUGAAGACUCUUCUAGAAAAGUACACAGCAGAGCCCAUAGAUGAUUCCUCGGAGGAGUUUAUUAACUUUGCGUCGAUUUUAGAGCACAUCCUCAGCCACCGCUUCAAAGGUAACACUGCAGGUUCGGGGAGCUGGUUCAGCUCGGAUGGACAGCGCAGCUUCUGGGAGUUCAUCCGGCUGGCGUGCAGCAAGGUGCAGAACAACUGCAUCGCCAGCAUCGAAAACAUAGAGAACAUCAGCACAUCCCGAGCCAAGGGCCGGGCCUGGAUUAGAGUGGCUCUGAUGGAGAAACGUCUGUCUGAAUAUGUCUCUACUGCUCUGAGGGACACCAGAACAACCAGGCGGUUCUAUGACGAUGGAGCCAUCAUGCUGAGAGAGGAAGCCACCGUACUGACCGGCAUGCUGAUUGGACUGAGCGCCAUCGACUUCAGUUUUUGCUUGAAGGGAGAAGCUCUGGAUGGCAAAUCCCCAGCGGUGAUUGACUACACGCCCUACCUGAAGUUCACUCAGAGCUACGACUACCUGAGUGACGAGGAGGACCGCCGCAGCGUGGACAGCAGCAACAGCGAGGAGAGCGUCCCCGAGCAUCCCUACAUCCCUCUGGUGACCGACGAGGAAAGCUGGAGCAACAAGUGCCGCAAGAUGGAGCAAAGGUUUAAGAUCGUCUACGCCCAGAAGGGCUAUCUUGAGGAGCUGGUGCGCCUGCGGGAGUCGCAGCUGAAAAACAUGGAGACGGAGAACAAGCGUCUCAGAGCCAAGGUGGAGGAGCUGACGACGCAGGGCCAGCAGGAGAAGAAGGAGCUGGAGGCCAUCGUGCUGGAGCUGCAGGCACAACUCUCUGCCCUCAUGCCUUGUGAUUCCUCCCAUUUGGCUAAAGAUCUCUCCAUCCCGCUUGUCAACCAGUGGUCCACCAUCACAAACAACCAAGGCGACGUCAAGCUGUUCCGCAGGAGGAGUUUCCAUAGUCUGGAGCAACUUUCUGCAGAUGUCAGUCUGAACUCUGACUCCCAGAAGGCUGAUGGGAGACAGAAUGGAGAUGCUGCCUGGACCUCAGCAGGAAAAGACAACACUCCCUCCAUGCUGGGGCUGUGCGGCUCCCUGGCCUCCUUACCGAGCUCCAAGUCUCUGGCGAGCCUGAAGUCCAGCGAGUGUUUGGUUAACAUCAGCGCUGAACCCAGCCCUGCUCUCUCUCCCAGCUAGGAGCGCCAGAGCGACGACUUAUCCGCCUCCUUCGACCCGUUCGCCUGGUGAUGCCGCGUCGACCGAAACCCUGAUCCUGGCACAUUCCCGUCUCGAAAUAAAAACGAGAGCGUCGUGACACCACAUCCGGAUUUUCAUUCAGCAAAGCAGAGUUUCCCUGUUUUUUUUUUUUUUUUUUUUACAUUCUGGACUCUCAGAUCAACACUUGGUACUUCCUGUCAGUCCCUCCAUCCUAAAACCACUCAAACCCUUUCCGAAGCAUCUGCUUGCCUUGUUUCCCAAUUUUUUCCCACCUUUUUUCUUUUUUGACUAUCAGGACUCUCGCUGCGGCUUUGUCUGUGUUUUGAGUGCACAUUGGGCCUGUUUUGUUCAAUUUUACUGUCAAACGUUUGACCAAAACAGCACACGGGGGUGUUUGGAUGCAAACACCGAUGUGAGAGUCAGUUUAAGAGAUGCAGAUAACCGGGUGGGUUGUUUUAGUGUCAGCGUAACAGCAUUUACAGAAGUAUUUUCUACUAGCAUGACUGGAGGUAACUGGGAAAAAAAAAUCCUCCGACAGUGCUUAUGUGAUUCAAACUUGACUUCUUUAACGCCACAAACUUCUACAGUAUGUUUAAAGCUGUGCUACCCUUCAUUGGUUUUAUACAGAUAUAAGCUACUGCAUAUGUUCCUGUGUUUCAUUUUGACGCAACACAGCAGUAUUUUUGUCCCACUUGUCAACAGUUUCCGUCUUUCUGUUGCAAUAAACUGCCUUUUUCCAUUA